UCCAUCGCUAUUUUGCAAGAUAAUGUGACAAGUUUGCUGUUGAAGAUGUUGUGUGCAGUAACUUAGUUACAGUGUCCAUGUGGGUUUCGCAUUCUUUUAUGAAUGUGCUUCAUGAUUGGCAGAUUCCUCAGUCAGUUAAUUUUGCUUUUUUGUAAAUCCUUCUCAUAGAUUUGGUCGCUUAGUGGCCAUGCUUCUUUAACUCUGCGAAAGUUUGUCGAAGAUGGCGUUACUGACGGCAUGCGGCAAGCUGAGCUUCAAGUAUGUGCUAACCGGGGAAUUUGAAGUCAGGAGCUACAACUUGAGUGAGAUGCAUUCGAAAUUGUGUGCCUCAAGGUGCGUUGUUUCGCAUUGUAGGGCAUCUGGGCGGUCGGAAAGUAGUGCAUCAGAGCUUCGCAUUGGGGAAGAAGAAGAUAACCCCUUUGUGAAGCCCCUGUCGAAUAUCUACUCUGUUGUUCCUUGCCGGUUUUGCAAAGGCUCAGGGGAGGUGAAAUGUGAGAUAUGUGAUGGGCAGGGCAGUCUUGCACGAGGGGGUUUUCAUAGGAGGAAUCCGGUGUCAAUAGCUAGAAUUGUUGGAUCUAACUGGACUGCGAUGGAGAGGACGCUUGGACGGCAUCACUUCUUUGUAUAUUCAAAGCGCAGAGGGCCAGGAAAGGAAUGGUUUCUGGAAAUGGUCUCAGCAUGUGAUGAUACAACACGACUUUGGAUCAAUGCGAAAAUCCUGAGGGAUAGGGAACGUUGGAGUGCAGGUUGGCUUCAGAGAGGGGAACUCCACGGCAUCAAAGUUGAAGGAGAGGGAGAGCGACAAUCCAAAGCUGUAAUCUGCAAGGGUUGCAAAGGACGUAAAACCCAGUCAUGUCAAAUGUGUGCUGAAACUGCUGGUGGGUCGCACCAACACUGGCAGCUUGAUAUCAUUGAUGUGUAGUUUCCUGUGUGAGUGUUCCAGUUUCCUCUGAAACAUACAAAAAACUCUUCAGCGUUGAAAGUAUUGUGCACUGUAAUGGGUGCAUUUUUAUUUGCUUGCACGUCGUGACCCAACUGAUGGGUUGGAAGUUCAUCAUCAGUAGAAGGAUCACCAUCCACUCAGGCAAGCAAACAUUGAUUAGAAUUGUCAAGGGUUUUAGUCUGUUUGGAGGUUUAGGGUGAGUAAAAGCCUUGAGGAGGUUACCAUGAAGCAUGAAGAGCAUAGGGAAACCACUCAUGUAAAGCACACAAAGUAGUACAGAACUUGAGAAAACUUUGUAAUAGAAGCCCUUUAAAGUAGGACCUUUUAGCACGCUCUUGAGUAGAAACAAAUUGGGACCGUUCCAUGCAGAAACUUGCCAUAGAAAAAAGUGUCUUAUUGCAUCAAUUUUGGAUAAAUUGAUUUAUAUUUUAGUAAAAAUAAAUUAUAAGAAAA